AUGUAAAAUAGUUUGUCAAGCACUAUCUUUGUGCCUUCAAAAUUGUCAGAACAAUUGAAAUUAACCAAUUAGAAUUUAGAUCAUAUACAAGAACAAAGCCUACUUUUGUUUCAACAAUUUCAAGUUCUAGAAAAUACAAGUUUAAAAUAACAUGCCAUUCUAACAUUAAUGGAUACCUUGCUCUUCUAUAAAUCAACCAAUCCUAUCUUUAACAAAUUGUUUAUCUCACUCAUUACGCUCAUGAAUCAAAUCUUGGACCCUCAAUUAAGUUUCUCAGAUAUCAAACAAUGGUCUUAAUUAGUAAUCUCCAUCACUUAAGUUAUUCAGAGACUCAUUAACAAUUACCUAUUGGUUGGUUAAAAGAGAGACUCGAACAUCUAGGCUUUGAAACUCAAAAUCAAUUCAUCCAAAUAUGACAACUAAAAAUAUUGUUUAUAACUAUAAAAUGAAAAAUUAGAAAAAUGGCAACUCUAUGAGACCAACUCCUUUAUUCAGAAGCACUUCGACACCAAGAAGAUUGAUCCCAAUUUCCUCAAAACCUCCAUUACGAAAUUGGAGGAGGAAGAAAACCAAAUCAACUUGGAGAUUGAGAAACUUAAUGAUGCUUAUUAAUUUUUAAGCAUCGAUUUUCUAGAAUAUUAAAGAAGGUUGCUCAAAAGUUUAAACGAAAUUUUUAAAAUUAUCUCUAAAUUAAAUUCUGAACUCCAAGAUGAAAGGUUGUAUGAAUUCAUACAGGAUUAAAAAAUUGAAUUCUGGAGAACCUACGCUGCUGAAUACAGGGACUUAGUAAAUGAUUGCAGAAGCACUUACUCUUCGAUGCUGGGCACUAUUGAAAGAUUGCAAAUGAGUGUGCAAAAUAAUGAAGAACACAUGAAAUUUUGGAUAGAUGUAUUGAAAUCUCUAAAAGGAUAAAAGUAAUUACUGAACGAGAUCAAAAGCAUUAUGCUCUAUUCAUUACAGUAGUUUCCAUAAGAAAGUGCUGCUGUUCUAAGCCAUUUAGAAAAAGCAGUUUUGUAUUAGGUAAACAAACUAGCAUAGUGA